UAUUAUUAUUGUAAAAAAUGGAGCAAAUAACAAUAAAACAGGAAAUUGACGAUAGUGUGAGAGAAAUAGAGACUGGUGAUAAUACAGAAAUUAAAUACGAAGAAAAAUUAAAAUACACAAGCCUUAUAGCCAAACCCAUGGCCCCAAAAAAAUUAACCAAAAAAAUUUAUAAGUGUAUCAAAAAAGCUGCAAAGCAUAAAUCUUAUCUUCGAAAUGGUUUGAAGGAUGUUCAGAAGCAUCUUCGCAAAGGAGAACAAGGAUUGGUAGUCUUUGCUGGAGAUGUAUUUCCAAUAGAAAUCAUGUGUCACUUACCAAUUGUAUGCGAAGAUAAAAAUAUUCCAUACUGCUACACACCUUCCAGACAAGACAUUGGUGCUGCUAUGGGUGUGAAAAGAGGCAGUCUUAUGGUACUUAUUAAGGAACACGAAGAAUAUAAAGAACUUUAUGAUGAAAUUAAAACUGCGAUGAUAACAUUAUCAGCACCACUAUAGAUAUAUAUUUAACCAUUUGUAUUUUUAAUCACUUUGUAAAUAGAAUAGAUUCAUGUAUCCUUAAGAGAGAGAAGAGUAUUGUAUCAGAGACUGUAAUUUUUUAUACACAUAUCUUUCAUUAUUAUAAUGUAACCUAUUUGUUAUAUAGGUGGCAAGUUUUUUAAUACAGAUCACUAUAGAAUAAAAGAAUCUAAAAAAGAAAUAGAAAUAAAACUUUUCUAAUUUAA